UCCCCGCUUCGCCCCUGACGUGACGUCAUCCGCAACGUCGGCCAAUCGGUGCAACCGCGCUCGACGGGUGGCGUCACCGACAAGAUGGCUGCGCCCAGGGGGCUCUCGUGAUAAUCCACUGCUGGAUGAAAGGUCCUUGCCAACACCGUGUGGAUCGUGGGGAUUAUUUGAGCAUACUUCACCACGCCGAUCGGAGCAAAUGGAUCGUGCCAGGGCCUUCCAUCCAGAUGGAUCGGAUUCUGUGUGGCUCAUGUUUUACGGCGAGCGCGAACGAACGAAAAUAAACAAACUUGCCGCUGAUGACAGGGGUCAGUUUCUGCUCGGACCGCCGGCCAUGGGCUUCAACGCCGCCUUCAUGGGCCUCAUCGCCAACAGCUACUGGCGGCGGCUGCUGCGCGUCAAGCGGGCGGCGUUCGCGAGCAGCUUCCCCCUGUCCUUCCUGCCCUUCCUGACGACCACCGUCGCGUACACCAGCCUGGUGUCUGCGCCCAUCCUCCGAGCGGUGCGGUCAGGUGAGAAUUCCUCCACGAGCGUGGCGGUGGCGAGCGGCGCCCUCGUUGGCUUCGUGGUGUCCGGAGUCUUCCCCGUGCUGCUGACCAUCCCUCCCAACUACCGGCUCGCAGUGCAGCACCGAACAAUCGAGCUUCCGCCGCAAGGCCGGCAGCUGGCGUUCCUGUGGCGGGUCUCCAAGGCCGUGCGCCGGCCCCACCUCUCCUUCGCACUCUUCCAGGCGGCGUGCUGCAGCUUCAUGGCGUACACGCAGGCCCGCGCCGCACGCCUGGACGUGCCGGACGACUUCCCGUGACGUCACGUCGCGCGCCCACCUCCCAAACGUACACGUUCGGUUUGUUGUUGUUGUUGUUGUUGUGGUGGUGGUGGUGGUAAGCACCGAAGCCCGGUAUAACGCCGUCCGAUGGUUUUCUGGGGAAGGGGAUCUUUCGGCACUUGGUCGUGUAUAGGUGGGGCGAGGAAUGCUCGGUAGCCCGCCUUGAGGGGGGGGUCCUUCCGUUGAGGGGGGAGUGGGAGGCUGAUAUACAGGGUGCUUCAAGAAAAUGUUAACAUACCCUUUGGGUCUUUCGGUAAAGUCACGUAGGUGGAA